CUAUCAAUCGUUAAGCAUGUGGGAACCGAACCGAAGAGCCAAAGCAAAGCGCCAUCACCAUGAUGGCAACCGAGUAAAGGCGACAGGUACAAGCCGUGCAAGAGGGGAGUGACCACCACACCCACCGCAUUCAGCAGCGGCAGGAAGCGAGGGGAAGCAAGCGAGCGACGACGAAGCAGCAGCUAGCAGCGAGAAUCCGACGCCAUAAUGGUCAAACAUGACUCCUCUUCCUCCUACCUUUUCUUCCUCCCCUGACCCCUGCCCGUCAAUUCUUCCCGGCUUCCUGCAAGUCUUGCUUCGAAUCCAGGCAGGCAGGGGGGAGGUGGCACCCUGAGCCGUAAAGGAGCCGCCUUUUGCAGCCGUUCUUGGAGCCUUCUCUGACGAAAUGGCACAUCAAGGAAUUCCUAAAUUUGGAAGCUGGGAGGAUGAAGGUGAUCACCUUUACACACAGUAUUUUGAAAAUGCUCGGAAGGGUAAAUCGCCUGGGAGGUCUGUUAGUCGAAAUGACCAUAAUGGAGAUUCGGAGGUGCUCUCAAAGGAUCCACCAUCAGCUAAAGCCUCUCCUCUGAGAACUGGAUCAGAUCCAGCAUUGCAGAAGCUCAAGGAUGAAAGACAUACAAACCGAGAAGAUGAUCUCCGUCGGCAUGAGGCCACUGCUCGAAAACCAUAUGCGGAUUCGCCUAAUCAUAGGUACGGUGAUCAUACCAACCAUGGCGGUGCAGCGAGAAAAACCAGCACGGAACGUUCACCCAUUCAUCCUCGUCACCAAGCCAGAAUUGUGAACAAAGGUGGAGUUUCAUCUCCUUGGGAACGAAGGGGUUCAUCAGAAGGAAACCGUGGAGCUGCUCCCACCACUCCGGGAAGGUCCAAGAUGAGAUCAAGCGGUCAUGGAGAUGAAACGCCUGAUAGAGGAUCAGCUGUGCCCAAGUUUGGAGAAUGGGAUGAGAAAGAUCCAUCUACAGGUGAAGGCUUCACAGACAUAUUUAACAAAGUGAGGGAAGAGAAACAGUCUGGUUCGGGCAAUGCUCCUGUCAUCACCAACGAUACAAAUUAUAACCGAUCCAAUCAAGGCCACAAAUAUGAAUCCUCAUGCUUACUUGCAGGGUUGUUCAUGCUUCAGUUGGUUCAAGAACUGAUACUCAUCCUGUCCCUGAGAAUUACAUAAGCCUGUGGCGAUUGUAGUAUCAUUGUGAAAUGGUUGCCCCACUGUGUUGUCCUUGCUGUAAUAUUGUUUGGUCCCAAGACGUGCUAGAACACGACUUUGCAAACUUGAGGUUCAGUAGUUUGCCCUGUUCUUGCGACCUUUGAUUCAUUUUGUCUGGAAAGAAUCCUGCAAUCUCGUCUCAUUGCUAGAUUCAAGUUUUGUGUAAAAUCAAUUAUGGAUUCUAGCGGCACUCAAAAUGUUACUUGGCAUAUGAAACGGAAUUAUUAAUGUAUGUAGGCAGGGUUAUGCACAGAA